AUACUUUCUAUGAGUUCGCCGUCUAUGGUUAUUUUUUUGGGUAUGUGGAAAUGUAUUAUAUGGGCGAUUUUUACACUUGAAAGAAGAAAAUUAAAUUUACGAAGACAGUAUAGUUAUUAUUAAAGUUUGUUAUAAUGGUUAGAGUGUGAUUACUGACCAAUAUAGUGUAGUUUAUUUUGAUUCUGAUCUGUUGGAAGAAGUUCUCGGGUAUCAAGCAAGUUAUUGAUGCAGUUAUGCAUUUAUUAAUCUCUGUAACAAGUGGCAGAGAACCUACUGAAUGAAUCGGCUGAAUGAAUCGACUUUCCUUCUGGAAGUUAUUGAUUCCUGCCAUCUCAGACUUAAAAUUUUGGAAAAGAAGUAACUCAAAGACAGUGGCGGAGAUGUUGGGCUCUCCGCACCCCGCAUGCCCUAUUCGCAUAUGUGGGGUGACGGGUUACGAUGGCCGCACAAACGACAUUGUCUAUUGCUGCCCCACGAUACGAGCAGAAAAGGACACUGCUUUGAUCUUUUUUGGGGGCGACAUUCAGGACUUCCCUGAGAACAUGGAGAAACACAGAGACCACAAGAACUACGUGAAGUGGAACUUGGAGAGCACAGCCUUACUCCUACAUUCUCGCUUCCCGGACAGCCACAUUGUGGUGAUACGCCCUUCGAGAUUGACCACCCCGAAACUCGCGUCGUUCAUGGCACUUGUCUCUUCCGAGAUGGAUCAGAACAGGAUGGAGUUCAGGACGUUCAGCUGCUUCGACAACUUUGUGCCGUGCAACAACUGCGGGGUGCCGGACCACACGCCCACGCACCACUCGUUGCAGCACCUGGAGCGGCUGCUGCAGGGCAUCUCGCAGCGGCUGCGCAGCAUGCCCGAGUGCGAGCUCAGCCCUGUCACUUCGCCCGAGCAGAAGGCGGCCCAGGAGGCGGGGCGCGAGGACGGGGAGAUCCUGCCCCACGACGCCGAGGAGAACGAGGAGGACGACGAGGAGGCGGAGGUCCCGGACGGGGACCCCGGGGCGGACGGGCGGAAGCGGCUCUGGUGGCGGGAGAACUUGAACCUGGACAGGGCCCACCUGGUGCUGGUUGGCUUCAGCAAGGGCUGCGUGGUGCUGAACCAGCUCAUCUACGAGUUCCACUACCUCAAGACGCUCACGCCCGACGACGAGACCAUGAUGCGGCUGGUGUCCCGCAUCCGGGACAUGUACUGGCUGGACGGGGGCCACGUCGGCGGCAAGAACACCUGGAUCACCUCCCGCAGCCUGCUCGAGACCCUCACCAGGCUGGGCAUACGAAUCCACAUUCACGUCACGCCAUACCAAGUGCAGGAUGACAAACGUCCGUGGAUCCGCAAAGAAGAGAAAACGUUUGGGGACUUGCUGCGGAGGCUAGGUGCGCCAGUGGAACGAACAUUGCAUUUCGAGAACCAGGUGGCUAGUCUGCACACACACUUCGAACUUUUGACCAGUUUCAAAACACCUGGUGGGAAUUGAAGAUCAACCACUGUUCUGGAUUCACCAGACAUUUGAGUGCAUAGUUCCUUUCUCUCCCCCUCCCCCUCCUUCAACACACAUGUUUCAUCCAUUUUUCAGUAUGGAUCAGCUAUCAAAAGACUAGUAGCCGUGGGAAGUGAAUAUGGAUAUAAUGAAAACUAUACGCUGUUACGACGUAAAGUCUUUCAAACAGUCUCGUGCUUAGUCAUCAAAAGUCCAGCUGUUUGGUCUUUUGCCUCUACGACCAGUACUUAAUUAAACUGAAAGACCUGUAAAUAUCUGUAUAUAUAUUUAAGCCACAGUUUGUUUGAAUGUGGUUAUAUGUUGUUAUAGUUUCAUAACCAUUUUUUCACUCAUUGCUGAUACAUGUUAACACUGCAACAUAUUUUAUUUCCUUACAGUUUUCUUUGUGUUCUGAAUAGGUAUACAGAAAAAUUAAAAAUUUGACUUGUGUUUGGUUUUUUAGUUGAAAGAGUCUUUAUUUUAUAUUUUGUGUGGCAAAAAUGUGUGAUGGUUUCCGUGAAUUUUUCUGUCAAUCUCAACUGUUUUACUUUUC